CUCAUUUUGACAAUUGCAGUGUCAGUUCAAUGUAUUGUAAAUAAAUACAUUUUAGUUUAUUUAAGUAGCUACAACAAAUGUUGACAAUAAAAUGACAUUAGCAGAGUUUUUUGGUUGCACAUGCCUAGCCUUCGGGCCACCAUUUACAAUGUUCGUGUUUACAAUUGCACAUGAUCCUAUACGAAUUAUUAUCCUGGUUGCUGCAGCAUUUUUCUGGUUAGUCUCGCUACUUUUAUCAUCGAUUGUGUGGGUUGCAUUAAUUCCUAUUAAAACGUAUCUCCAGUUUGCGAUAUUCUAUACAGUAUUAUUUCAAGAAAUCUUCAGAUUCGCUAUUUAUAAAAUACUUCGAAGAGCAGAGUAUGGUUUAAAGAAAAUUACAGAAAAUAGUACCACUUUAACUGAAAAUAAACACAUAUUGGCUUACGUGAGUGGCUUAGGAUUUGGAAUUAUGAGUGGAGCUUUUUCCCUAAUAAAUAUAUUAGCUGAUGCAGUCGGACCAGGAACUAUGGGAUUGAAGGCAGGAAAGGAAACCUUUUUCUUAACGAGCUCAGCAAUUGGUUUAUGUUUUAUUCUAUUAAAUACUUUUUGGAGUGUCAUAUUUUUUAAUGCGUGCGAUAAUAGAAACUAUAUAAAUUUGGGUUAUGUUAUUCUGUCACAUUUAUUAGCUUCAUAUUUAACAUUAUUGAAUAGUCAAUACAAUUAUUGGGAAUGUAUUACUACUUUGUACAUAUUAAUGAUUUUCACUGGUUGUUUUGCUCUAAAAAUUGCGGGGGGAACAAUCCAUUCAUUAACAAAUGGGUUGAAAUUCAAAGCAACAAUUUAAAUUAUUAAUUUACUAUAUAGAAUUACUGUCCAAUGGACAAAUUUUAACAUCAAUAGCCAGAUAUUUAUUGUACUGUAUCAAAUUUCUAGAAUAUUGUAAUAACAGAUUUAUAAUGCAUACAUUAAACAAGACUUUUUAGAUUUGGAAGUGCUUAUUGCUACUAAAAUGUUUUUUUAAACUAUAUUUUGGUACUUUUCCAUUUAUAUAAUAUUUAUUGUUGUUUAAAAUCUUGUAAUAAUGUAAAAAACGAAAAUAUAUAUUUCUCUUAGCCAAAAUAA